UCUAUAGCCGUAUCCCCUAUCCUUUUAAUAAGAAAGCCCGGCGGUAGCGUCCGUAUUUAUAUUAACUAUUAUAAUAUUAAUAAUAUAAUACUAAAAAUAUAUUAUUUACUACCGUUAAUUAAAGAGACUCUUAAUAUUAUUUAUUAUAUAAAGACUUUUAUUAAAUUCAAUGUAAUUACUAUAUUUAAUAGAAUUUGCGUAAAGGAAGAAUAUUAA